AUGUGGAACAUCCUCACCGAUCUCGUCAACGCAUGGAAUAAAUCGGCCUUGGCCAUGGAGAAUGCUGCUCAACAGAUAGCGAAGGAGGACCGACGCUGGGAAAUGGUGCCACCGGCCAUGUAUGACGGAGACGCACGGCGAGCCCGAGCAUUUUUACAAGAAUGCGAAGGCUAUUUCCUUAUGGAAGAGAUCGAGGACCUCAAAACGAAGAUCUACUUUGUCUUGUCAAGGGUCAAGGAAGGCGCAAACAAAAAGGUCACAAGAUGGGCUGAUAGUACCCGAUCCCGUAUCCUCGAAAGGGCAGCCAAGAACCCCCCAGAGGAAUCUUUUUCAAGCUGGGACGAAUUCAAGGCAGAUUUCGAAAGGUACUUCGAGUUCGACAUGGCACAGGAAGAAGCCAGGAGGAUGGUUAUGACCUUGGAACAGGGAAACAUGACGUACGAAGAAUAUUACUGGGAAUUCGCUUCCUCUGCUGGCAUUACAGGGUUCAAUGAUGUUGCACUGCAACAUUAUUGGAAGCGCGGACUCAACAAAGGACUCAGAGCUCGACCGAUGCCCGAUUUUGUAUUCCUGCAAGAUAACACAGAUGGUACGAUCCGAAGAUGA